AUGGAAGAAAUCAACAUCAGUGUGCGGCAUGAUCUGACCCGCAGAUACUCGUCGGACAACCAGCAAGACGCCGAAACCAUCCCGCUAGCGGCUCUCAAGGCGCUGUAUGCUAAGGAUGCCGAGACGGUCGAGAUCACCAAAACUAACAGCGAAAACAAUGGCAUCACCGAGUCGCUGCUGGCAAUUGACUCGGGCAGAUACCCCAACGUGCGGCGGCUGUCUCCGUUUGCCAAAAAACGCAUCUUGGUGACGGGAGGCGCCGGCUUUGUGGGCUCACACCUGGUCGACAGACUCAUGCUCAUGGGUCACGACGUGAUCUGCGUCGAUAACUUUUUCACCGGCCAGAAGGCCAACAUUGUGCAUUGGAUGGGUCACCCCAACUUUGAGCUCAUUCGGCACGAUGUGGUGGACUCUUUGCUGGUCGAAGUGGACCAGAUCUACCAUCUGGCCUGCCCUGCCUCUCCAGUCCAUUACCAGAGCAACCCUGUCAAAACACUCAAAACAGGCUUCUUCGGCACAUACAACAUGCUGGGAUUAGCCAAGCGAGUCAAGGCUCGGAUUCUGAUUGCGUCGACAUCGGAGAUUUACGGAGACCCUGAAGAGCACCCGCAAAAGGAGACGUACUGGGGCAACGUGAACCCCAUUGGGCCCCGAGCAUGCUACGACGAAGGAAAACGAGUCGCGGAGACUCUGGCAUACUCGUACGAGAAGCAGGACGGUGUAGACGUGCGAGUGGCUCGUAUUUUCAACACGUUCGGGCCCCGAAUGAACUGGAACGACGGUCGAGUGGUAUCCAACUUCAUUUUGCAGGCUCUCAAGGACGAGAAUCUUACUAUCUACGGCGACGGGCAAUCCACUCGAUCGUUCCAGUUUGUGCUCGAUCUCAUUGACGGGCUCAUCAAGCUCAUGAACUCGGACUACUCGGGACCCGUCAAUCUCGGCAACUCGGAAGAGUACACGGUGAAGGACUUUGCCGAAAAGAUUAUCAAGCUGGUAAAGGAGCAGAGAGAGGACCAAAAGUGUACAUCGGAAAUCAUCAUGCUGCCGGGGCUGGAAGAUGAUCCCCAUAGAAGACGACCAGAUACCAGCCUGGCCAAGAAGGAGCUAGGAUGGCAGCCAAAGUGGUCUGUGGAGGAUGGAUUGAAGGAGACCAUUGGGUAUUUUCAGAGACAGAUCAAAUUUUUUGGGGUCUAA